CGCUGGGCCAGGGGGGCGGGACUUCCGGCUGCUCGUAUAAGCGCAGGCCUGCCCAUGCGGUUUUGAUCCGGUUACACUUGGAGCUCCGACCGUACAGACUCUUAACACACAAUGGCUGAGAAUGAUGUUGAUAACGAGCUGCUCGACUACGAGGAGGACGAGGAGCCCCAGGGAGCCCCCGAGAGUGCAGCCCCCACAGGGAAGAAGGAGGUGAAGGGAUCCUACGUCUCCAUUCACAGCUCCGGCUUCAGGGACUUCCUUCUCAAGCCAGAGCUGCUCCGCGCCAUCAUCGACUGUGGGUUUGAGCAUCCAUCUGAAGUUCAGCAUGAAUGCAUUCCACAGGCCAUCCUGGGCAUGGACAUCCUGUGCCAGGCCAAAUCUGGUAUGGGCAAGACUGCCGUGUUUGUGUUAGCAACACUACAACAGAUCGAGCCGGUUGAUGGGCAGGUGUCUGUAUUGGUUAUGUGCCACACACGAGAGCUCGCCUUCCAGAUCAGCAAAGAGUACGAGCGUUUCUCCAAGUACAUGCCCACUGUAAAAGCAGCCGUAUUCUUCGGUGGUCUCGCCAUCAAGAAGGACGAGGACGUCUUGAAGAAGAACUGCCCUCACAUUGUGGUCGGAACGCCAGGUCGGAUACUCGCUCUGAUCCGCAACAAGACCCUAGCCCUGAAAAACGUCAAGCAUUUUGUCCUGGAUGAAUGUGACAAGAUGCUGGAGCAGCUCGACAUGAGGCGUGACGUCCAGGACAUCUUCAGGAUCACGCCCCACGAGAAGCAGGUCAUGAUGUUCAGUGCCACGCUGAGCAAGGAGAUCCGGCCGGUCUGCCGCAAGUUUAUGCAGGAUCCGAUGGAGGUGUUUGUGGAUGACGAGACCAAACUUACGCUCCACGGCCUACAACAGUACUACUCCAAGCUGAAGGACAGCGAGAAAAACCGCAAACUCUUUGACCUUCUUGAUGUGUUGGAGUUCAAUCAGGUGGUGAUCUUUGUCAAGUCAGUGCAGCGCUGCAUCGCUCUGUCUCAGCUGCUGGUGGAGCAGAACUUCCCUGCCAUUGCUAUCCACAGAGGGAUGGCUCAGGAGGAAAGGCUGUCCCGCUAUCAACAAUUCAAGGACUUCCAAAGGCGGAUCUUGGUGGCCACUAACCUCUUCGGCAGAGGGAUGGACAUUGAACGAGUUAAUAUCGUCUUCAACUAUGACAUGCCAGAAGAUUCUGACACCUAUUUGCACAGGGUGGCCCGUGCUGGAAGGUUUGGCACCAAAGGCCUAGCUAUAACCUUUGUGUCUGAUGAAACCGAUGCCAAGACUCUGAAUGAUGUGCAGGACCGCUUUGAGGUCAACGUGGCCGAGCUGCCAGAUGAGAUUGACAUCUCGUCUUACAUCGAGCAGUCGAGAUGAGGCCGCCAGCCCCGCAGAAGUCUCCUCGUCACGGAUCUCGUCUUGUAUCUGGAAAUACAUGUACUUCACCGUCUUUCUGAAGGCUCGGCACAUUCACCAAACAUCUUAUUUUUAUUGUUUGUUUUUAUGUAAGGGGAUUGUGGUUUUAAUUUUGUCUUUUACAGUUUUUUUUUUUUGUUUUGUUUAAUUAAACCUUUUUAUAAAAUGCCAUUUCUUUCAUUGUGGUCUCUUGUGAGACUUUUGUCUCUUGUUUCAGUGUUGAGCUCAACUUCAGGGAAAAAUUCAGUGUAGAUCUGAGGAGUAUCGGCAGUUUAAAUUGUUUUGUUUUUUUUUAUUUUUCUGGCCCCCAAGUUAGAUGUUUUUUUUUCUAAAACUUUUUUUUUUUUACUCCAAUGGAAAAAAAAAAAAAACUACUCUCCUUUGGCCUUUAGUUGGUAGUUAAUCGUAUAGUGGCAUUUGAGCAAUUGGCUCACAUGGCAGCUCUUUUUAUGGAUUUCUAACUGAAUGCCUUUUAAUAAAUGAAGUCACCCAGUAGACUCCUACUGAUUUUGAAAUUUUUGAUUAAGGCAUGUUAUUGAUAAAAUGUACAAACAUGUUACGCUCACUGUUUGUUUUGGUCUGGAUAAUUGAAAAUGCAUUACAAAACAUUACAAAUUAAAAGAAUUUGGCACUUCACAGUAGAUUUUUACUGCUUGGAAAAGGUUUAUAGACACUAGCAACGAGACUAAACGAGUUGCUAGUUUCUAAAGGUGAAUCACACCUGAACACUGAAGUAACUGAACGUGUGAUGUCGUCAACUCAGUGUUUGGAUUUAAUUUCUUUAGUUGAUUACCUGAACUCCUUUAACUGAUUUGUUAUACUCUACUGUUCCUGUAUAAAUAAAAGUUGGCAGGCUGACCCGAUCAGCUUAUUGAUAAAUCUAC